UUGAAGAAGCUAUUAAUCUGUGACAAAGUAACACAGGAAUCUGUUAGAAGAAUAAGCACAAACGAGAUUGGAAAGAGUAGAGACUAGAGGUAACAUAGGAAUCUAUUAGAAGAACAAGUUGUGAGUCAUAGAUGGAGAAUUGGAGAACGAAUUUGGAAGUAAUGGCGGCCAAGGAGGAUCAGUAUAUACAGCAGUACAAGAAGUAUGAGGUGUUGCUCAACCGAGUUGGUUACGGUACCAAGAUUAGCCAUAGAGAGCUGGUGGAAAUGGCAGAGCACAGGAAGGAAUUGGAGAAGAUGACAAAACCUGUCGUUGAUACUCUAAGAAGCUACCAGGACUUGCCUCCGGACAAAGCUCUGGCUGCACUAGCAAUCGAGGACAAGAAGAGACAGUUUGCAGCCGCGGAAAAGUAUUUAGAAGAAGUAUUACAAUCUUCCCUUGAGACAAACGAUGAGUGAUCGGUGUAAAACCGAAAGAUCUUCUGUUUUUGAGGGUAAAUGAGCAAAUGCUUCGAUAUAAGUAGAAAUAUUUGUUCUGAAACUCCUUGCUCCCUUCUUAGUGAUACCGUGUGGGACAAGGUAACGAG